UGUGCACACGGAUAAAAGCUGACCCCGCGCGUGGUACCCACGUAUUUACCUUCGAAUAAUCCAUCAAUAGAACGUCUACACGAAUCUAUAAAUAGCGAUGCGGUGAAUGAUAACCUAUACGGGUCAGGGUUCCUUUGGCUUCACGUGCGAUAUAGAGUCAAGCAGCACACAGUUGCAACAAUACAGAUGCAUAACGUUGACGUAUUUUUUUGAAGAACAGCACGGUGCGAAAUUGACCAGACUUGAGAACUUCCGAUCCUGGCAUCAUGGAGAAGUACGUCACCUUCGAAGAAUAUCGGGAACUGUUUCAGAAGAUGCAAGCGAUGAUUGCGCCGGCCGACUUCAAGCCCCCUCCCAAUGGCGAGGUGGACGGUAUCGUGCUUCCUCCGGGCAUGGAUGAGGUCGUCAGGGACCUCAAGGACUUCGAGGUCAGGGAAGACGAUGCCUGGAUCGUCACGUACCCCAAAGCAGGAACAACCUGGGCGCAGGAAAUCAUGUCCUGCGUGAUGCAUGACGGGAACUUGGAGGAAGUCAACAAGAGACACACCACGUUCCGGGUUCCCUUCCUGGAGUUGAACCUGCCCGAGCCGAUCCGCCGGAUGAAAAAUAUGCCUCAUACUCACAAAAUAGUCGCUGAAAUGCCAUCACCCCGUGUCAUCAAGUCGCAUCUACCGGGCCAACUCCUGCCGCCGCAGUUGUGGACGAAGAAACCCAAGAUCGUCUACGUCAUGCGCAACCCUAAGGACGUCGUGGUCUCGACCUUUCACUUCAUGCGGAUGAUGGACCGAUCCCCCACCAAACAAGCCGAGACCUUUGCGGAGUUUUUGGAAAAUAUGUUAGAUGAAAAAUGUAUCUUCGGUACGUGGUGGGAUCACUACUUGUACUUCUGGAGGAAGAGACACGAACCAAACAUCCUCGUGCUGCAAUUUGAAGACAUGAAGAGGGACCUGAGAGGAAUCGUCGAGCAGACCAGUCAGUUCUUGGGCAAGAACUUCUCGGCUGAGACACUGGACGCCAUCACAGAACACUGCACCUUCGCCAACAUGAAGAAGAACCCCAUGGCGAACCAGGAUUCGGUAUUUGCGUUGCCGGUCGACGAAAAGACAGGUGACAAAGCGUCAUUUAUGAGAAAAGGUAAGGUUGGUGAUUGGAGGUCUCACUUUACUGUGGCACAGAACGAAGUAAUGGACGCUAAGACUAAGGAGAAGCUGCACGGUACUGGGCUCACCUUCGACUAUUAGAAAAGCAAAACUCACACACUUAGUAAUAAAUUGAACGUGUUGGUAGGCGUACGAAUAGCGUUUAUUUACGAAUGGAAAACGUUUAUAUCAGCCAUACUGAAAUUGUUAACCCGUUUUUUUUUUCCAAAUUGUAAUCUUAAAACUAAAAUAUUUGUGUAGCUGAUAGCUUGCGACGGAGGGGUCACGCACUGCGGAGACCUGGUGUCUCUUGCUGUCUUCCAGAACCCCCAAAACCAACCAUCAGAGCCCUUCCGAUGGGGAGGAGGCCUGCGUCGUACCUACCUCUCAUAGAUAAUAGACCACCUUAACGUCAUCGGCCUUAAACACGAUCAGGCUGUUCAUGCUGCCCAGGAUCGGGCUGGAUGGCUGAAACGAACCUCAAGUAUUAAAUAAAAAAAAUUAGUCACAACGCCUCGAGUACGACUCCAGUAGCUUCAACUUGUAGAUACGCAACGUUUUAGUUGAUUUCCUAAAACGUUCAGAUAAGAAAGGUGUGCCCCCUCCCUUCCCAUCCGGAUCUGCUAAUGCGUCAAUUCAAUAAUAGUUCAAUAGUUGGUUCUGUUUAAACUUUGCAGUUUGUCAACGGACAUCUUUAACGGUGUUGGAGCAAAGGCCAGGGCUUUAACCUUCAAGGCCAAGGCCUUAUAUACAGCAUGACUAUUAUUUAAAAAAAAAGUCACAUCAUCACGAAUCGCUGGUGUUAUCGAAACAAAGCUGAAUUUAUUAGCAAUCCGAACAUUUAUAAUUAUGACUGACUAAAGUGUCAAAAACAAGUUCUGAAUUCUGAGUUAUUAUUGCUAUGAGCCCUUCAUUCCAUUUUUGAUUGUGUGAUUAAUGUUUUUUCAAUGUUUUUUCUGAACAUAGAAUGCUUAUAUGUUUGAGUCUGAAUUUUGUCACCCCACCCCAACAAAACGUUAUACCUGUCGCCCGUUAAGACGAUAGAGGGCGUUGUUCUGGUUUGUCCCAUUUACGCACAAAUCAAAGUCCAUGUUAGAAGACAGAAAUAAAAUACAGGUCUAAAAAAGUCUUAAUUUUCCGUUUCUCAGAUAUGUUAUUUUCAAAUCUAUUACACAAUAGGGGAUAUUUAUAUAUCUGGGUACAUUUAUAACUUAUUAAUCAGCUUAUGUGAAACUUAAGAAUUGCAAUGGAUUAAACAGUGAGUGAGAGUUCAUUGA